AUGACUGAUCUUCCCUGGCAAGAAAAAGUCUCGGCAAAACGCGCCGAAGCCGACUCUAAGAUCCCUGCGGAAUGGAGGUUGUCCAAAGAUAUUCUAGCGGCUGCCAAAAGCAAUGGCGUUUCUGUCCUUGAUAUCCCCGCAAAAUGUGGAGUUCUGAGUGAGAGUGAGAUUGCGAUCACAGAAAUAUCCGAUGCCACUGCCCUUCGAGACAAGCUAGCCGUCGGCGCGCUUAGUGCUGUUGAUGUCGCGACCGCAUUUUGCAAGCGAGCUGCUAUUGCGCAGCAGUUGACAUCUUGUCUGACGGAAACCAUGUUCCCGCAAGCCCUGGCGCAAGCGAAGGAGUUAGACGACCACUUAAAAACAACCGGAAAGCCAAUAGGACCAUUACACGGCGUCCCAGUCAGCCUGAAGGACACGUUCAAUGUCAAGGGAGUUCAUUCUUCUAUUGGAUUCGUCUCUUAUUUGGACCGUCCACCCGCUACCGAGAACUCUGUUCUGGUUCAUUUUCUUCUCAAGGCGGGCGCCGUUCUUUAUGUGAAAACAAACAUACCACAGACCUUGAUGACUGCCGACUCCGAAAACAAUGUCUUCGGACGCGUGUUGAAUCCUCACAACACAAACCUCACCGCUGGGGGUAGCAGUGGUGGUGAAGGAGCAUUGAUCGCGCUUCGCGGGUCUUUGAUAGGGAUCGGUACCGAUAUUGCUGGAUCCAUCAGGAUUCCAGCUCUGUGCUGUGGAACAGUAGGCUACAAGCCUAGCAUCGGUCGCGUUUCCUAUGUGGGUCAGACAAGUGCUUCCCGGCCAGGCAUGACCGGGAUUGCGCCCGUUGCUGGUCCACUCUGUCACUCGGUGCGGGAUGCAGAGAUGCUCCUCCGUAUGCUUUUCGGCCAUCCGACCGAGGAUAUGGACGAUAUGGCACUGGUACUUCCUUGGAUUGAACCCACGAGGUCGGAGACUUUGAUGAUUGGAGUCUUGCCGGAAGACCCUGAGACACCGCUGCAUCCGAACAUGGAACGGAAUUUGAAGAUCGCAGUGCAAAAGCUUGCAGAUGCUGGUCACAAGAUCAUUGAUUUAUCUGGCCAGGUACCCUUUAUAGGAUCCGCAGCUGAUACUUCUUUCCGAUUUUUCCGCAUUGAUCCAGAUCAAACGCAGAUCCAACAUAUCCGCAAUAGUGGCGAGCCAUUUAUCGCGUCGUUGAAAUAUACUUACCAAGUCGAAGGGAAUGCCAUCGAACCAGGGCUUCGAGACCUAUUCGAUCUGAACGUUGUCAAGGCUGAGGUUACAGCUAGUAUGCGUCGGAUUUAUUUACAGAAUAAUCUUGAUGUGAUCAUUGGCCCGGGAUACCAGAGUACGGCAGUCCCACACGAUACUUAUGGUAUCCCAGUAUAUACUGUUCUUGCUAACCUUAUUGACAGUCCUGCCUGUAUCAUCCCCUUCGGGCAAUCAAAGGAGACUGAAGACGCCCAAUAUGUUCGCAAAGUGGAUUACAAGCCUCCCUACUUACCGAAAGAAGUUGAAAAUGCCCCUUGCCAUGUUCAGCUGAUUGGCCGCCGACAGAAAGAUGAAGUGCUACUACACCACGCGCAAAUUGUGGAGGCAAUCCUAGCAAAGUAA